GCCGGCGGCGGCUGGCGAGUGUCGGCGUCGGUCAGUCAGUAGACGCGACCGCUGAACCGCGGCCGGCCGCGCGCUCGCUCCGCCGCUCGUUGGCACAACUUCUGUGCGAGUUGCGAACUUUGCGAGUGCAAGUGACGGCGGAGGAGAGCGGCGAGCUGCCCGCACGCGACGCUUCGGUGACAGUGUGUGCGACGUGGAUGCCGCCCUGUGCUGGCUCAGUUCCGCCGCUAAUCGUGCCGUGUACCGUGUUUCAAAAAUAAAUCGUUGCCGAUCCGAAACCGGAGCACCACGAAGGUUAAUGACAAAAUAAAAAGCAUGCAUUAAAUUGUGCGGCUUAAAAACCGUUCGCCACCGCGGCAUCGCCGCUGGGGCACUGUUCCGCGGACACUGUUGCAAAACGCGCUGGUGCUUCGGACUCGGACCGACGCGUGAACUCAUAAAUCGAACGAAAACAUCUGACCUGAUGAUCUAGUUUAUAUAAUUUUUAGAACAUUAACAAGUUGCGCCGCGCCUGCACGACCAGAGACACCGACAUGCCCACCACCAUCCCGCGGUGAAUGCGCCAUACAAUGAAACGUAGAAAACAUGAGCCAAGCCCUAUCGCUGCUCAAAUACAUAAAAAUACCAAAAAAGUGACGCCCACGUGAGCGACCGACGACUGCCAACAAAGUGCCUUAAUACAUCGAAUAAUCACAUAGAUGGUGCUCGCAAACAAUAAAUGAUGUUAGUGAAAAAUAAAGAACAUUACCCGAACAAUAACAUCAAUCGUUUACAAUGUUAGACGUUUUUCGUGGUUUAAAGAAUCUUAUAAAAGUGAACUAUGUGCAUAUUGAUUCGCCGGUGUUCCGCUUGCACUACUCUAUAACGGUGAUCCUGCUGAUCUCGUUCAGCCUCAUAGUGACGACGCGCCAGUACGUGGGCAACCCGAUAGACUGUGUGCACACCAAGGAUAUCCCGGAGGACGUGCUCAACACCUACUGCUGGAUCCACUCCACGUACACGCUCAAGAGCUUCUUCAACAAGAAAGUGGGCGUGGAGGUGCCGUACCCCGGCAUCGGCAACAGCAGGGAGAAGGGCAAGGAAGAUAUGAGCGACAGGAAGAUAUACAAGUAUUACCAAUGGGUGUGCUUUUGCCUAUUUUUUCAGGCAAUGCUGUUCUACGCGCCUCGCUGGCUGUGGAAGUCGUGGGAGGGCGGCAAGAUCCGCGCGCUCAUGAUGGACCUCGACGUCGGCGUGUGCACCGAGAUCGAGAAGAAGACCAAGAAGAAACUGAUCCUCGACUACCUGUGGGAGAACCUGCGGUACCACAAUUGGUGGGCGUACCGCUACUACCUCUGCGAGGGACUCGCUCUUGUCAAUGUUAUAGGGCAAAUGUUCCUGAUGAACCGGUUCUUCGACGGAGAGUUCAUGACCUUCGGGCUGGACGUCAUCGAGUACAUGGAGUCCGAUCAGGAGGAUCGCGUGGAUCCCAUGAUAUAUAUAUUCCCAAGAAUGGUGAAGUGCACGCUGUUCAACAAGUUCGGCUCGUCGGGCGAGGUGGAGCGGCACGACGCGCUCUGCAUCCUGCCGCUCAACGUGGUCAACGAGAAAAUCUAUGUUUUCCUCUGGUUCUGGUUCGUCAUCCUCGGCCUACUCACUUUCAUCACCCUCGUUUACCGGGUGAUCAUCAUAUUCUCGCCGCGCAUGCGCGUCUACAUGAUGCGCAUGCGCUUCCGGCUGGUGCGCCGCGACAACGUCGACACCAUAGUGCGCCGCAGCAAGAUGGGCGACUGGUAUCUUCUGUACAUCCUCGGCGAGAAUCUAGACUCGGUGAUCUUCAGGGACAUCAUGCACGAGUUCGCGAACAAGUUGAACCACAACUACCAGCACCACAUCCACGGCGUGCCGGACGCGUGACCUCCGGUGCCCGGGUGGGUGUUCCACACGUGACUGACGUCCCUGCAGCGCGACCUGGAGCCGCCCGUGUGACGCGCCCCUAGCGCGCCCCGGCUCGCACCCGUCGUGCUGCACCGGCCUGCACCGGCCGCACACCGGUCGUGCACCGGUCCCGCACCGGCCCUGCAUCGGCCACGCACCGGCCAUCUCGUGCCAGAGACUUCUUUACGACACUUUUUAAUCUAUAUGUAACAGUGCAAUUCUAAACACGCAAUAAUAGUUUGUAUGUAAUCUAUAAGAAUGUGAUCUCAGAAUCCUGUCGAAGCCUUUUGUCACAGCGGCGGCUCCGUUAGUGUACUAGUGUUCUGAUUUUUAGAAGUAUUUUGAUUCCUAGCCUCGCCGAGCGUAGUGGGCCGUUCCCGAAGCUUUGUCCUCUAUAGACGGUACCGCGGUAAGCACGUUAUGCACACAAUUUUCCAUUUUGUACACGACUCACACGCCAACAUGUCGACAGAGCAAUCGUGACGAUCGCAAUAAGCGUUGUGGUAGAAGAUGCCGGCCGCCGCAUGCAGCGUGCCACAUUGUGACGCAGCGAAGACGUUUGAGCAUCCCCAGAGCACGUAGAGUUCACGCGAGCCAAGCUGAGGCUGCUUGAAUGGUCACCCUGAUGCACAGCUCGGACUGAAUCUCCUUUAAGCGCGUACACUCCGUCAGCUCAAGGGGCGGGUUGAGGUGUUUCGACUCGGCCCGAGGCUGCCUCCAGUGGAUUCGAACUUUUGGCGUCGCGGCGCUUGUCAAUGAUAACUACAGUGACGUAACUUUUGCGUGUCAAAAGACAUUUCUACGUUAAUUGUAAUGUAUAACGAACGAAUUUUAUAUUAGAACACAAUUGUUUAACAUAGUAUCUCACUGCCAUCGUGACGCAGUCGGGCGGCUGUCUCCUACUGUUUGGUUUAUGUCCGCAUCUGUGUUUAUAUACUGAUUGACGCGAUUUUCGUAAUAUUUUUAGAGUUUUAUAAACUAUUCAAUCUAUUGUUUCUAUUAAUUCAGCUUUACAUUUUUAGAUAGAUAUUUCUUUUAGAAUCAAUUUUAUAUUUUUUAUUUAUUUCUCGCGUAGGAAGCGACUCGUGCAAACGUUCCUUGUAAUGUUUGUUUUGUAAAAAAUUUUGCAAAAUUGUUUUAUCAUCGAUGAUGGGAGUUAGUUGUGCCUAAUUUGUUACCUCGUAGACGGAAUGUAUUGUUACAAAAAUUGUUGUGUUCGUAUGAUUAUUAGUAGAUUAAUGACUCUUGAACCAAAAUGAGUGAACUAUAAUAUUUGAGAGUGAGUCUUUUUUAAUAUUAAAUAUAAUAGGGUUUGGAGGCAAUGACUUUUGGUUUGAGGUGUCAAGUAUUGUAUAUGUAAAAAGGUCAUGUUAAGGAAUUAAUCAACGCUGUUUGGAUCGUUUGCGUGUGUUGUUCUGUCACAAUAUUUAUCUAGAAUUCUGCCUUUUCUGGAGUUAUUCUGCUACUCUCAACUUGUUUAUUUAUUUCUGAUGACAAUUUAUUUUUUAUGCGUUCACAUAAAAUAUGGAUAAUUUUAAAGAAGUUUAUUUAACAAAAUAUAUAAUAAUAUCGAAGCUAAGGUCAACAAUCAAAUGCCAAUUUGUAACAAUAAGUAUUUUUAACACCGGUUUAGAAAUAGAAGCUAAAAAAUAAUCAUUUAUUCUUUUUUGAGUUCAGUUUUGGUAUUUUGACAGAACACGCACCAAUAAAUGUUAAUUUUUGAACAAAAUGUGUUAAGCAAUAGAAUGGGAUAUCAGUAUUGUAUUUAUUAAUCUAAAGCCAAAUAUUGUGCCAAAAAUAAUUCACAAUAGCGAAGGAAGGUGUUAAGCGAAAAUGGAAGUUACCAUGGGAGAUAUCGAAUAAAUAAUAUAAAAAACUA